AAGGUGUAAAACUUUUUAUAAUCAUCCACCUAAUCAUGAUUACAGAUUCCCCACAUUCCCCACUCUCCAUUAAUCCCUCUCUUAAUUACUAUUUAAUUAACGACAACGAAUUCAUAAUCAUCUCAUUAUAAUUUAAUUCCCCCCACCCCACCAACAAAAUUCAGCACCUAUAAAAGACACCCCCAACAGAUUCCUUCCUUGUUUAGUUUCUUCGGAUCCCUCAAAAAAAAAAAAAAAAAAAAAAAAAAGCACAGUGGAGAGGGUUGAGCUGGCAAGAACCCUAGUGGAAAAGGAUCAAAAGGGUUUUUUUUUUUUUUUUUUUUUUUUUUCAGGAAUUGUGUUUUGAAGAGUGAUAGAUCAAAGAUGUAAGAUAUUUAUUUUCUGGGACUUCAUCAAGAUCUGUUCUUGCGGAGGUCAAUGGACUUAACACCGUUGAGAUGCCUUAACAACAGUAUCUCUCGAUUAAUCCAUCUCGUAACAUGUCGUAUCUCAACUGCAAUGCCAGCCGAAAAGGAUUACAUAAAUUUAGUUUCUUCACUAAAGCUAGUCAAACCAGUCCUCGAUGACAUCGCUAAUCGCAAAGCACCACUAGACGAAGCUUUGUCUAAAGAAUGCGACGAGCUGGAUACAGCUGUCAACGAGGCUCGAGAAUUCCUCGAGAAAUGGUCUCCAAAAACUAGCAAGAUACUAUGUGUACUGCAAAGUAAGCCAUUGGUACUGAAAAUUCAGAAUUCCUCGGUCAAGCUAUGUGGAUUCUGUGAAUCGUCACCCAAUGCUCAGAUAUGUAUUCAAGAAUCUCGAAAUCUAAAGCUAGGACAACUAUCUGAACACAUAGAAGAGAUUCUCAAAAGCCAAGAAGACUGGGAAAAAAAUCCUUGUGCCGACCAUCUUACUGAGAUAAUUGAAUCCUUCAGUCUGAGAUCAAGUCAAGAAUUGCUAAACGAGCGCAUCGCCCUCGAAAAGGAGAAACAGAAAGCUGAAUCCAGUAAUAUAAAAUCCGAAUUAGAUCGAAUUUCUCAAAUUUUAGAACUUAUAUCUCAUAUUCGCGAGUUUGUCGAAAAAAAUAAAUCCGUAAACAACGUACAAAUCCCUUCGUAUUUCCGAUGCCCGUUAUCUCUAGAGCUGAUGUGGGACCCGGUAAUAGUUGCUUCAGGCCAGACUUACGAGCGGGCCCACAUCCAAAAAUGGCUGGACCAAGGAUUAGUGAGAUGCCCCAAAACUAAUUACGAGCUCGCCCACAAGAAUCUUAUUCCGAAUUACACUGUCAAAGCCCUCAUAGUCAACUGGUGCAACGAAAACAAAGUAGAACUCUCCAAUAAUUCAGACAAAGUCGAGGAUGUUUUCGAGGCCCGGAAGGUUCCGGAAGAAGGUUCCGUGCAGUCUUCGCCGGAGCAUUCGUAUGUGCACAGCAGGAGCGAGUCAGCAUCGAGCGCUGUGUCCAGCAUCGAUUAUGCAUCUGCAGCACCAGAAAUCGGGGUUUCAAGAAUGUCGGUUAAUUACCCUUUUACCCCUCCAAACGGGGGUUCACCUUCUCUAUCCGGAAAGUUCUACAACAGCUCCAAAACAAUUUCAAGAAUGCUCUCUUUUCCAUCCUAUUCGCUGCACAACGAACUCACUUCAACUCCCCACGUGGAGAAACUGGUCAACGGCUUGAGGAGUCUUUCCACCGAGGUACAAACCGCAUCUGCAGGUGAAUUACGUUUCCUCGCAAAGUACAACAUCGAGAAUCGAGUAAUCAUCGGCCAGUGUGGGGCCAUCGCCCCCUUAAUCUCGCUGCUCCACUCGGAUAAUGAGCUGAUCCAAGAACAUUCCGUAACUGCCCUUUUAAACUUAUCGAUCGACGAGAACAUAAAAUCAAGAAUCGCAGAAGAAGGUGCUCUAGAACCACUUAUACACGUUUUAAAAACUGGAAACACAGGGGCGAAAGAAAACGCAGCAGCUGCCCUUUUCAGCAUCUCCCUAUUGGACGAUUACCGGGUCAAGAUCGGGCGAUCCGGGGCGGUAAACGGGUUGGUGGAUCUUUUGAAAACGGGUACCGUUAGAGGGAAGAAAGAUGCUGCCACCGCAUUAUUCAACCUGUCGAUAUUUCACGAGAAUAAAGCGCGUAUAGUGCAAGCUGGGGCAGUGAAGUACUUGGUGGGGCUAAUGGAGCCUUGUUCGGAAAUGGUGGAUAAAGCGGUGGCACUUCUUGCGAAUUUGUCGACUAUUGUUGAAGGGUGUUCGGCUAUUGCUCGAGAAGGAGGGAUUCCCUUGCUUGUGGAGAUUGUCGAUAUGGGGUCUCAAAGAGGGAAGGAGAAUGCUGCUUCGAUACUUUUGCAGAUGUGUAUAAAUAAUAGUAAGUAUUGUAGGAGCGUUCUGCAAGAGGGGGCCGUUCCCCCUCUUGUGGCUUUGUCUCAGUCGGGCACUCCUAGGGCCAAGGAGAAGGCUCAGCAACUUCUUAGUCACUUCCGGAAUCAGCGUGAGAGUGCUGUGGCGAGGGGGAGAUCGUGAAAAAGGGGGGAAACGAGAAGGUUCGUGUUUUAUUUUUCAGGCAGAGGUUUUGAAAAUAUUGUUUAUUUAUUUAUUAAUUAGGGAUUUGAGGUAAGUUUGUGUGAAAUGCGUAUAGAAUUAGAACCGUUCCUUAGUAGCUCCACGGUCGAUUGGGUUGUUUCUCACUGUGAGGUUUUCGAUUUGUGAUUCUUUGUUCUUUUUUUUACGUUUUUGUAGAGUAGUUUGUAUAUAUAUAUAUGUAUGUGUAAGUAUUUGUACUACAUUUAAUUUUUUAAGGUUUCUUGAUGCUGGAUUUGGACAAAAUCGGACUGAUUAGAACUUCGUGUUUCUGUAAGAAUGUUUCGUCGUACGCA